AAGCUUUAAACUCUCGUCCGAAUGCAAACCCCUUACUCAAUCAUAUAUCUGUUCGUUCCCUUUAAAUAACAGAGACGGAGAUUCGAACCCUAAAUUCCGACUUUACCAUAUCUCACCUAAAACUCAAUUAACUCUCGAGUCUCCAUAGUUUCUAUUCCACGAUGAUGCUCAGAAUCCGCAGCCGCGACGGCCUCGAACGGAUCCAAAUUGACGGCCCUCAUUUGUCGAUCUCCCAGUUAAAAACCCUUAUGGAAUCCCAACUCCAAAUCCCUAUCCAAAACCAAACACUUUCCAUCGAUCAAAAUCUGCUUUUAGCUAAAACUCCCGCCGAUCUCCUUCGAUUCUCCGACAUGGCCGACCCUUCCACCCCGCUCUCCGCCCUGAAGCUUUCUCACGGUUCCAUUGUAUUCUUGUACUACCACGGAGAACGCACCGUUCCCGGCCGUACCGCCGUGAUUCCCGCCGGUUCAUUCGGCCGUAAAAUGACAAUUGAUGACCUGAUCGCUAAACAGACCAGGAUCACCCGCCAGGAAUCCCCUCACUGUGACUCUGUUUCUUUUGACCGCGAUUCGGCUAACGCUUUCCAGCGGUACGUCAACGAAACACUAGCGUUUGCUAUCAAACGCGGAGGGUUCAUGUACGGUACAGUCUCGGAAGAAGGUAAAGUGGAAGUUGAUUUCAUUUACGAGCCGCCUCAACAAGGAUUGGAAGAUGAUUUGGUUCUUUUAAGGGAUCCCGAAGAAGAAAAACUGGUUGAUGCUAUUGCGGCAGGGUUAGGGAGGAAGAGAGUGGGGUUUAUUUUUACCCAGACAAUAAUGCAAAGCAAAAUGGACUACACUUUUUCGAACAAGGAGAUUCUACAGUCGGCUGAGCUUCACGCGGAGAGUGAGCAGAAAGAGUGGGUGACUGUUGUGGUGAAGCUGGAAGCCAGUGAAGAUGGGAUUGCGGAUGUGCACUUUGAGGCUUUUCAAAUGAGUGAUAUGUGUGUUAAGUUAUUUAAAGAUGGGUGGUUUGUUACAGAGUUUGGAGAAAAUGAUGAUCCAAAGCUUUCGAAGAUGGAGAAAGAUGUUGUCGUUGGUGGGAAGGAUGUUAAGGAGGUUGAUAAUGAUUUCUUCUUGGUCGUUGUUAAGAUUUUCGAUCAUCGGGGACCUCUUUCUUCAAGCUUUCCCAUUGAGAACCGAAACAAUCUUGUGACGAUGAAGGCCCUAAAGAGCCAUCUAGAGAGAGCAAAGAGUCUUCCAUUUGUGAAGAGAAUUUCAGAUUUUCAUUUGCUGCUAUUUCUAGCCAAGUCCCAUGACCUUGGUUCUGAUGUUCCAGCACUGGCAGAGUGUGUGGGGACACAGACGGCUGUGCCAGAAGGUUAUCAGCUCCUAAUUGAAUCCAUGGCCGACACAUCUUGAUGGCACUUAGCAUAAACUUCUAUGAUUUCUGUAUAUUUAUGACUGUAACAAUUACUUUAUGUGAUUGUUUACUAGGCUCUUCACAAAAUCUCAUGUGAUUUCAAAUUCCUCCCGCGGAAGAGGGUCUCUAUUCUGUGGAAGGUAUAAUAAGUCAUUGUAGUUUAGUUGCAUAAACUUGCAAUCUCGGUUGGUUUAGAGAUAUGGCUAGUGCUAGUGUUUAAUAA